CGGGAUCAGAAGUAUCCGCCUUACUGGGUAGAAUGCCUUCUGCUGUAGGUUAUCAACCGACCUUGAGUACAGAAAUGGGUUCUUUGCAAGAAAGAAUUACUUCCACCAAAGAGUGGUUCCAUAACCUCGAUACAAGCAGUUUAUGUACCUGCAGAUGAUUUGACUGAUCCUGCCCCUGCUACGACAUUUGCACAUUUAGAUGCAACUACCGUACUCUCAAGAGGUUUAGCUGCUAAAGGUAUCUAUCCAGCAGUUGAUCCUUUAGAUUCAACGUCAAUGAUGCUGCAACCUCGGAUCGUUGGUGAGGAACAUUAUGAAACUGCGCAACGAGUCAAGCAAACUUUACAACGUUAUAAAGAACUUCAGGACAUUAUAGCUAUUCUUGGGCUCGACGAAUUAUCCGAAGAAGAUCGUUUAAACGUGGCAAGAGCGCGAAAAAUUGAGCGUUUCUUAUCACAACCUUUUUUCGUAGCAGAAAUAUUUACCGGUUCUCCAGGUAAAUAUGUAGGUCUCGCUGAAACAAUUAGAGGAUUUCUUUUAAUCCUUGCUGGCGAAUUAGAUGGUCUUCCUGAACAGGCUUUUUUAUUUGGUAGGGAAUAUCAAUGAAGUUACCGCGAAGGCAAUUCACUUAAAAAAGUAGAAAUUUAAAAAUAGGGAAGGAUUUGAAUAAAUGACUUUAAAACUUUGUGUACUGACCCC